AUGAGUUAUGAUGUACAAGCUACUGUAAAUGGAGAAACGGCUACUUUCUCUGCCGGCACGGCCGAGACUAAUCGAUGGGACUCGCAAUGGCCAUUAGACGGCUGGAAAUAUACAGUCUCUGUCCGUGCGGUUGCAGGUAAUAUUCGAAGCGCCUACACGUCCUCUGUAUCAGCAGUAGCUACCCCUGAACUACCACCGCCACCGGCGAACAUCAACAUACAGCCUACUAGUAACGGAGUAAGAAUUACGUGGGACGCUCCUCCUAACUCAGGCUCAAUUGUCGAGUAUAAUGUCCUUUACUGGGACUGGGAGUGGGACCACUGUAUGUAUAUUGGUGGCGCAGCUUUUAAGAGUUCUCCUGCUAUUAUUACGGAUAUGAUUCCAGGUCGUAACUAUGCCUUCUUCCUAGUAACGUGGAAUCAAAAUGGACAAGGGCUUCCAGAAGGGGGCAUGGCUGCAGUGCCGGGUGCAGGCACGCCUCCUAUUCCAAGCGGACUGAAGGUAAAUUCGAAUGACCCUACUACAGUACAGUGA